UUGGGUCCACACUGCCUUUAUGAGCUGUAACACUCACCAUGAAGGUCUGCAGUUUCACUUUGAAACCAGCGAGACCAGGAACCCACCAGAAGGAAGAAACUCCGAACACAUCCGAUCAUCAGAAGGAACAAACUCCGGACACGCUGCGUUUAAGAACACUCACCACGAGGGUCUGCGGCUUCAUUCUUGAAGUCAGUGAGACCAAUAACCCACCAAUUCCGGACACAUCAGGACAAGAGCCUUGGUGGGGUGUAGAACUGUUGAUUACACAGCGUAUGAGUCUUUUUCUAUGUAUUGAAGUAAAGCUCUUGGUCAAGUUCAACAGCAGGGAGUUCAGCUUGAAGAGGAUGCCAUCCCGAAAACAGACGGGGGUCUUCGGAGUCAAGAUUGCUGUGGUCACCAAGAGAGAGAGGUCCAAGGUGCCCUACAUCAUGUGCCAGUGUGUGGAGCACCGAGGCAUGGAGGAGGUGGGCAUCUACCGCGUGUCCAGAGUGGCCACGGACAUCCAGUCACUGAAGGCAGCCUUCGACGUCAAUAACAAGGACGUGUCGGUGAUGAUGAGCGAGAUGGACGUGAACACCAUUGCAGGCACGCUGAAGCUGUACUUCCGUGAGCUGCCCGGGCCCCUCUUCACUGAUGAGUUCUACCCCAACUUCGCUGAGGGCAUCGCUCUUGCAGACCCAGUUGCAGAGGAGAGCUGCAUCCUCAACCUGCUGCUGUCCCUGCUGGAGGCCAACCUGCUCACCUUCCUUUUCCUUCUGGACCACCUGAAAAGGGUGGCAGAGAAGGAGGCAGUCAAUAAGAUGUCCCUGCACAACCUCGCCACGGUGUUUGGCCCCACGCUGCUCCAGCCCUCCAAGAAGGAGAGCAAGCUCCCUGCCAACCCCAGCCAGCCCAUCACCAUGACUGACUGACCAAGCUGGUCCUUGGAGGUCAUGUCCCAGGUAUGGGAAGACAGGCUCCAGCCCAUGCAACACUGACCUGACAGAGGUGGCCUCUGCCUGCCCCACCCCCAGUCCUCCCAUCUUCCUACUUGCGUGGUAUGUGGUGGUGGCCGAGAUUCAGAGAGAGAGACUUGCCUAGGUCUGUAUGGAUGGGAGUGUUAGGGAGGGCCCAUGCCACUUGUGAGUCCUGCU